AUGCAAGAUAUAUCUAUGUCAGCACCUACCAUAUCCCAACUGGAUCAAACAAAGCAACAAUUUGGAAGGCUGUUUUCAAGACUUGAAGCUCUAGCAGACAUAUGUGACAUUCAUCUCCUGGAAACAUGGAAAGAGCUGCAAACUCCCCUAGGUACCAUCAAAAUUGCCCCAAAUGGCAACGUGUUAAUGGAUAGUCAAGUAUGGGACCAAAUAAAGACAACAAUCAAAGAAUUGGAUGAAUUGGAUAAAGGUAAUUCACUGGGCCAACUAGUGCAACAAUUUCAGAUGACUCUAUACCAUCAUGCCCUCAGUAGUGAAGCUCCAUUAUAUGAGCCAGCAGCAAUGAAAGCGUUCACACAAAAACACUCUCCAGGUCUGUUUGAAAUGCUUUUAAGUUCAAUAACAAGGGAGGACUCCAGACUCUCAGAUGAACAUCAAGCUGUACAGGAGCAAAGAACUGUUGUUCUCCUUCACACACUGGCAUAUUUCAGGUCUCAGAAAACUUCCACCCUACAAAAGGAUGAAGGGCUAUUCCUACAACAUCAUGGUGCUUCUAGGAUAGCAAUCAAUUCAGGAAGGAUACUUGGUUUCAGUACAAGUCCUAGAAAUAUUGAUUCUCACAAGAAAGCACUAAUAACAAAAUAUCCAGACAUACUGAUGAGAAAGGUUAUCCUGGCAACAGAGAAAGGAUUCCUAAUUGUACAACUGUUGGAUGACUUCCAUAAUAUUUUGACUGUUAGACUACCAACAAAUCUGAAGCUAUCAUUAGCUACGCACAUGGCUAGUGGCCUACUGGACAUCCAUCCUUCAAUUCCUGCUGUUCCUAUUCCUACAAGAGAUACAAGACACAGCCGAGUGAUUGUGAAGAUAGGGAAUAAAAAUAAAAUUUGCAGAGGAGGAAUUGUUCUAGACUACAUAAAAGAGUUGUUUCAAAGACCAGUGUUAUCAAGAAUGUACUUGGAAACAAAUCACCAAUGCAUUUCACCAAAAUACAUCCAACAACAACUAAAGGAAUUAAGGUAUUCUAUGGAUUUUAAUGUAGUUAUUUAAAGGUCAGCAAUCCAUA